AUGAUGAUGAGUAUAACCGAUGCAAAAACUCAUUUCAACGUGAAUGUUUUUUUCUCUAUUUUGGACCGCAUACUGUCAUCUUUACAAGAGCGAUUCAAAGGAUUGCAAAAUUUUAACGACAUGUUUGGAUUUAUGUAUAAUAUGUUCACCUUAACAAAUGAGAUAUUGUUAAAAUCAUGUAAACAAUUGAAUUCUCGUUUGACGGAUGAUUCUCGUAACGAAUUUGAUAUUGAUGCAUCUGAUUUAUAUGAAGAAAUUAAAACACUCAAGAUUUACUUUGAAUCAGCUUCAACUUCAGAAGGUUCUCAACAAGAUCCUAAGUUCAUUUUGGAGUUCAUAUUUCAAAAUCAAUUAUUGUCAACUUUUCCAAAUAUUUCAAUAGCCCUUAGACAUUUACUCACUUUGCCCGUAUCAGUAGCCUCGGGAGAAAGAUCGUUUUCUAAGCUAAAAAUUAUUAAAAAUUAUUUGAGAUCUACCAUGUUACAAGAUAGACUCAAUGAUUUAUCUAUAAUUGCCAUAGAAAAUGAUAUUAUGGAUUCCCUGAAUUUGGAAGAAUUUAUUAGGGAUUUUUCCGCAAAGAAAGCAAGAAAAACGAUUUUUGUAUGA